AUGAGGCCGUGCCGAGCGGUGCCGCUGCUGCUGCUGGUGGGGCUGGCCAGAGCCACCACGCCGGGGCCGGAUGGAUCCACGCCGGGGCCGCAUGGAUCCACGCCGGGGCUGGAUGGAUCCAUCGCGCCGUCCCCGCCGGGGCUCUGGGCCGUGAGCUACGGGGACGCCGUCUCGGCGGCCGUGGAGCUGCUCAACAUGAGGGCCGUCAGUCCCUACGUCCUGCGGCUCCGGCAGGCCUAUCCCCGGCCCGGCUGGCCCGGGGACCUGCGGCAGCGGCAGGAGCUGAGCUUCACCGUCGAGGAGACCUCGUGCCGGGCUCCGGGGACGGCCACCGCCACCUGCAAGAGCCGCUGGCUCGGGGCGGUGAGUUGGUGCCAGGGCUUCGUCUUCCUCGAGCAGCAGCAGCCCGUGGUCGAGCUCUCCUGCGACAAGGUGCCCACCACGGUUCGACGCCGCUUCUUCCCCUCCCAGUUCGGCCGUAUCCAGACAUCCAGGCUCUCGGACUUGUUUGCCAGGAUCAAGGAACGUUUCAGGGGCUUCUUCCACUGCACCAAGAUCUGGAUCCGCGACAAGCUCAACCUCAAAAAAACCAAACCCUGA